AUGUCGAAUACCCGUAAAAUGAUAUCUUCAACUGAAGUGGAGCAAAAAGAUGAUCACUUUAAAGAGUUUUUCCAGAGGUUGCAACCAAAGAAGCUUGUAGAAGGGGAGCUGCUGGCUAAUUACCAAGGCAUUUGGUUUGCUGCAGAUAUACUUCGAGCUACAUUAACCUUUCAAAAGCACUUCAAAGCCAAUGACUCUGACAUUAUUUUGGCCACCAUGCCGAAAUCAGGAACCACAUGGCUUAAAGCCCUCACCUUCAGUAUUGUUAACCGCAACAAUCAUUCAGUUGAUGAGAGCCCUUUGCUCUUCUCCAACCCUCAUUAUCUGGUCCCUUUUCUCGAGAUGUAUCUGUACAAAGAUGGUAAUAUUCCUGAUAUAGAUGCUAUGCCUUGCCCGCGAAUCCUUGCGACUCACCUACCUUAUCAAUUCCUUCCAGCACCAUUUCGGAUUGUUCCAACUGUCGAAUCAUCUACCUUUGCCGAAACCCUUUGGAUGUAUUCACCUCUUCGCUGCACUUUGCGCUGCAAAAUGGGCAUAUACCCUUAUGGUCCAUUCUGGGACCAUUGUUUGGGAUAUUGGAAUGCAAGCUUGAAGAACCCUCAAAAAGUGUUGUUUUUGAAGUAUGAGGAUCUAAAAAAGGAUAUCAAUAGCUCCGUGAAGAAGAUAGCUGACUAUUUAGGUCAUCCAUUUUCAGCUGAGGAAGAGGAAGCAGGUUUGGUUGAAGAGAUAGCAACGCUUUGUAGCUUCGAAAAUCUUAAGAAUUUGAACUGUAACAAAGAGGGGGAGAUGCAAACUGUUUUCGGAGUUAAGCAUAAUUCCUUUUUCAGGAAAGGAGAAGUCGGUGAUUGGGUGAAUUUGGUUCCUCCAUCCAUGGCCAACCGACUCGAAAAACUGAUGCAAGAAAAGUUUGGUGAAUCAGGGUUGACACUGGAUAUCCAUGGCAAUUCUGUCUGA